AUGCGGUUCCACACUCAUCAAGUCUUCGGAGCCCUGCUCGGGGUCUGUGUAUGGGUUGCAGUUGCUCGUUCUGUCCUCGACUCCAAGAGAUUUACACCUGAAGAGAGGGAGCUAUCAGCCAACUCUGACGACGAAUAUGCGGAUAUCGAGGCAAGAAAUGCGUCGCUACUCUUCGCCCGCGACACGGACGGUCCUAUGGCUGAUGACACACCUCCGGGCUUCGGUUGCCGCUCGAUGUGUGGCAUAGCUACGCCGAGCACUUCAAGCAAGCGACAACUGGAGGAUCGUUCCUGGCUGCAAAAGCGGGUAUUCGAGCCGUUUCCCCCUACACCAAACACCCAGAAGGCUCGUGACCAGUACAUGAUCACCCACGUUGACGCACUCCAAACGGGUCAAGAGAUUGUUCCAUACGUGGAUAACGCGGACGACUACGCAACAGCUGUCACGGGUGCACUCGGCACCACAACUGUCACGUUUGGCAUGCGGGGGAUUUGCGGAUGCACCUGGCUCGCUGUCAUAAGUCAGAAACGGGUCUAUCUCGGACACUACUGGGAAAGCUUAUCAUUUGGGAAACCGGAAGGAGCAACCUACCGACUGCAAUUCGCAACCCAGGUGACCAACUUCCUCACCUCAGGCUACAAAGGCCAACCAUCCCUCGCCUCCGUCGCCGCCGACUUCAAAGGCGAUCCGGGCCUGCAAGCCUACAUCUACACGCCGGAAUCCGAAGCGAAGCCCGGCACCCAAGAGUACCCGGACAAGAUUGCGAAAAUGGUCAGCGCGAUCAACGGCCUCGUCGGCGUCGCACCCACGGUCCGGACGUACGACGCGCAGGACGCCAAGACGCCCAGCGGGCAGACCACCCUGGAGAACACGGGCGCGGGGCACAUGCUGUUCGAUUACGACCCGACGGGUGGGAGCCGGGCGAAGCCGAAUGCGUGGCGGAUGUUGUGGGAGAGUCAGGUCGUGGCGGUCGGGCAGUGGAAGGCGUGA